CUUCCCGGCGGAACCUGGAGAAGUCAGAACACUCUCGCCACCGGGGUCCUUAUUCCCAUCUUCACACCUGUCGGGUCACCUCGCACUCACGCUCCAUCCCCACGCGCUGGGCUUCGAUCAGGGCGCACCCCGAGAGAGAACGCGAUAUCCCCUCUUCCAUUCAGCGGGUUGUGCUAGAGGAGGCGGGGUCCACUGCCCGCCACCCUCCCCACUCCUCUCCUCCCCUCCCUGGCGGGUGUCGGGCUAGUGCCGGAAGAGAGACGGCGGCCCCCGCAGCGGCCGCAGGAGGGGCGGCGGCGGUGGGCGCCGCAGGCAAUGCCCCUGCCCGGCUGCUCCGGCGGGAGGUGGUGCGAUCGGCGGCGGCGGGGAAGCAGGAGGGGGGCGGCGGCUGCGGCGGCUGCAGCAGAGGGGCCGAGCGCUGGCGGCGGCGGCGGUCGUGAAGGGCAUCGGUGGCUGCGGUGAUGGCAACGCUGAUCUGAAGAUGGAAAGAGCCAGGCGAAGGGGAGGCGGCGGCGGCGGCCGCGGCCGCGGCGGCAAGAAUGUAGGGGGCUCUGGCCUAAGCAAGAGUAGACUCUAUCCCCAGGCCCAGCACUCCCACUACCCCCACUACGUGGCUUCAGCCACCCCUAAUCAGCCUGGGGGCGCAGCCGAAAUCCAGGAGCUGGCCUCCAAACGAGUGGACAUCCAGAAAAAGAGGUUUUACCUAGACGUGAAGCAAAGCUCCCGGGGCCGGUUCCUAAAGAUAGCCGAAGUCUGGAUAGGGAGAGGCCGGCAGGACAAUAUCAGAAAGAGUAAACUGACCCUCUCCCUGUCAGUGGCAGCGGAGCUGAAGGACUGUCUAGGGGACUUCAUCGAGCAUUAUGCCCACCUGGGCCUGAAAGGCCACCGGCAAGAGCACGGCCACUGCAAGGAACAAGGCUCCAGGAGAAGACAGAAGCACUCUGCACCCUCCCCACCAGUGUCGGUGGGGUCCGAGGAGCACCCUCACAGUGUCCUUAAAACCGACUACAUAGAGAGGGACAAUAGGAAAUAUUAUCUAGACCUAAAGGAAAAUCAGCGGGGUCGCUUCCUAAGGAUUAGACAAACCAUGAUGCGGGGGACUGGCAUGAUAGGUUAUUUUGGCCAUAGUUUGGGCCAAGAACAGACUAUUGUCCUCCCAGCACAAGGAAUGAUUGAGUUUCGUGAUGCCUUGGUUCAGCUAAUUGAAGACUAUGGCGAAGGGGACAUAGAAGAACGAAGAGGUGGAGACGAUGACCCACUUGAACUCCCAGAGGGGACUUCUUUCAGAGUGGACAAUAAAAGGUUCUACUUUGAUGUGGGCUCUAAUAAAUAUGGAAUUUUCCUGAAGCUCACAAAUUACCCUAAAUCCAGAGAGAAUAUCACUUUUCACUGUUGUCAAAUCCAGCAUAAGGAACAGCCCUAUGACACUACAAAAACAGUUGAGGAAUAAGGAAUAAGUCUCUUAUGUUACACUUCAGAAUAAAGGCACUGGGUGAAAGAAAUGAACCGAAGUUCACCGCGAAUGCAAGGCUUCUGUACUUGACAUUCCUCCACGGAAGGGAAGACAAGUGUCAACACCAUUGACAUCAUUUUCAAACUGAUCUUAUGUGGGAUAUCUUCCACCACACUGGAAUACUUCUUAACUCUAUCAGGUUUUUUAUUUUGGUUUUUUGAUUCAUCAAGCCUUUCAGUUUUCAAAAGACCAUUUGUCAGCCAUGAGGUAGAGAGACAUAAAUUUGAAAAUACUUUCUUAAGAGAUCAUGUAACUAUAUAACUCAAUUUAAAAAAUGAGGAGGCGGGAUAAUUUCAAUCCACUGCCUCUCACAAGAAACAUGUUUUUAAAUCUGUAACUGCUUUAGUGUUAACAGGGUACAAAGUGUUUUUUGUCCUGUAUUGUACUUAAAAGGUUCUCAUUGAUUGGUGAUUGUAUUGUACUGUAUGAAAACAAAUCAUAAAUUGCCUUGUAUUGCUUAUAACAGACCAUAACAUGUACUACUUCCAUUUUCAUGUUCCAAGUUUUUCAGUGAUGCAUGUUAACAGUUAGGUCCUAAAAUUCUGUGGUGCUAAUUUUUCCAUAUCCAAUGGUGCUUUUGUGGAUGCUAACUGCACACAUGCUGAACAAAGCUUGAAAUUUAAAACUUUCUUCCCUUCCUCUGUUUAUAUGAAGUAAAAUAAAAUAACUUGAAUACGUCUCAAAGUAUCACUGACAAUCUAAUAAACUGGUUUAUAUGUGUCAUUA